CGCACCCCGUCACAUCCCAUCGUAGGACAUCACCACGCUCGUUUCAGAGACCCGCUACUUUCUUGCUCCCCCUCUUCCUGGUCACCCUCGUCGCCCAGUAUGGCUCCCUCGACCAACACCUUCAACCUGGCCACGGCUUCCGCCCAGCAGAUCCUCUCCCUCGCCAAUAUCCGCGCCGUCCUACAGCGUCUAGAAGACACCAUUGUCUUCCAGCUAAUCGAGCGUGCUCAAUUCGCCCAAAAUGCACCCAUGUACCAGCCUGGAGCCAUCAAGGAGCUCGUUGAAGGCGAGGGAUGGCAGGCUUCCUGGGUAGAGUGGUUCCUCAAAGAAGUGGAAAGCGCACAUGCUCGUUGUAGGCGGUGGAGCGCCCCUGAUGAAUUCCCUUUUACGGACAUGAGCCUACUCCCUAAGCCUGUGCUGCCGCCGGUCAAGUACCCCAACCUGCUGUAUGAUCAUGGAAUCAAUGUCAAUCGGAGGAUAUACGAGUACUACAGAGAUCACAUCGUACCUACCAUUACCGCCAAGUUCAAUGCGCAACCCACUACCAGCAGUAGCGGCACUUCCUCCUCCUCCUCUUCUUCGUCUCAAACGGCCACGGCAGACGAUGGACAAUACGGCUCUGCAGCCGUACGUGACGCCGAAGUCCUUUCAGCUCUGAGUCGUCGUAUUCACUUCGGCAUGUUCGUUUCCGAAAGCAAAUUCCGCUCUGAGCCACAGGCCUUCCUAGAGCCUAUCCGGCAGCGCGACUCCGAGGCUGUCCUUGCCCUCAUCACUAAGCCUGCUGUAGAGGCGGCGUUGCUUGUGAGGUUGAGGGAGAAGGCUAGAGUGUAUGGACAGGAUUUGGAUCAGGCUGUGGCACUUAUGCAGCAGGGACAUGGAAGGGAAGGGGAGGAUAAGGAUACACAGAGGAAGAUUGAGGCAGACGAGGUAGUCAAGAUUUACGAGACGUUUGUGAUUCCGCUCACAAAGGUCGUAGAGGUCGACUACCUGCUCAAGCGUCUGGAGCACCUCAGCCCUACGCAGCUAGAAGCCAUCGAAGCCGGCAAAGGCUACAUCGAAGAGUGAUCGAGUCCCAGCAAUCGUUGAAUCAAUACCCACAGCCCAGCUCCGUGCAGAAGCAAGACUCGCAUAGAUGAAAGCAACCCAUCCAGCAUCGUCUAUUAGAUUACCUUUUCGCCCAUCCCCUAUUUCUGUCUCCCACUGCUGCUGUAAUGAAGCAAAAAAAAGGGGAAGUUCACUAGACAUUCUAAUGCCACUGUCAUUGCCAUAA